AUGUUGUUUCUCAGUGCCUUAGCGAUCGGUAUGAUAGGUGGGCUGCAGAAUGUGACGACGGAGGUGCCCGCUCCCAGCAGUGACGGCAACGACGGCAGCGCGGUGACGAGUGUGGCGGAGCGGGCGGUGCGCGAGAUGGGGCUGGUGGAGACGACCAAGUUGUCGGGCCAGUCGGGGGACCUGGUGAACGUGACGGUGCACGAGCGGCCCUCCAUGUGGGACAUGUACCUGAACCACUGCCCGAAGUGGCGGCCAGUGAACCAUGUGUUUUUCCAAGUGGCCAAUGUGUUCUUCCUGUUGUCGUUCCUGGCGCCACACACGGCGAGCGGGCUGGUGUGGCUGCGCGUGGCGCUGAUGCUGGGCUGCGCCUUCUCCGCCAUGUGGGCGUGGAGCAUCGAGUGCUACCUGGACGCUGUGCUCUGGAACAGUGCUUUCAUUGUGAUAAACUUCAUUUACUUCUCCAUACAGUUUUAUUUGAUGCGCCCCAUCAAGUUCCACAAGGAUAUUGAGGAGGUAUACGUGGCACUGUUUAAGCCACUGCGUGUCUCCAGGCGACAGUUCCGUCGCGUGCUAAUGUGCAUGCGCAACGUGCGGCACUUAAAGUGCCACGAGUUGUACGCACACGAGAAGGUCACUAAAGUGGACAGUCUCUCCUUAGUGCUGUCUGGCAAACUAGUGGUGUCUCAGAAUCAGCGGGCGCUGCACAUAGUGUUCCCUCAUCACUUCCUCGACUCGCCAGAAUGGUUUGGCGUGUCCACUGAUGAGUUUUUUCAGGUGUCGAUAAUGGCGAUGGAGGAGUCUCGCGUGCUGGUCUGGCAUCGUGACAAGCUGAAGCUCUCCAUCAUGUCGGACGCCUUCCUGCAAGCAGUCUUCGAUCACAUACUCGGUCGAGACGUUGUUCAUAAACUCAUGCAGGUGAGCGAAACGAUGGCAGUUUCGAACGGUCACCUGCCGAACAGCUACGAGGAGGGCGAGGACAAGCCCAUGCUAGUCGUGAAGAAGGCGGGUGAUGGACCUGGCAUCACCGCCUUGCUGAAUCGGCAGUUACAAGCGACAGACCCUAACGCGUGGCGCCUGGGCCGGAUAGAGGAAGCCGACCACGAGACGCCCGUGUGA